GGCGCGGCGCCCGCAGAUCGCAGCGCGGCGGGAGCAGCAGCAGCAGCCGAGCUUCGCAGGAAACGCAGGCGGCGCCCUGGUCCCGGCACUCGAGCGCAUAGCGGAGCCGAGCGGCGGCGUGGCGGCUGCAGCAGUGGCGCCGGCAGGAGCUUUAGCGGGCAGCGAGCGUCGCUCGGUCGACAGCCGCAGGAUGAAGGGCCCGGCGCCGGCCGCGUCGUCGGAGGUGAUCCGCCAAGGCGAGCUGGAGAAGCGCAGCGACAGCCUCUUCCAGCUGUGGAAGAGGAAGCUGGUGGUGCUGAGCAAGGACAGCCUGAGCCUCUUCUCGCCCGAGGGCGGCGGCGGCGGCAAGGCCCGCGCCAAGGAGCUGCGCUUCGGCGCCAUCCAGAAGGUGGACUGCGUGGAGCGCACGGGCAAGUACGUGUACUUCACCAUCGUCACCACGGACCACAAGGAGAUCGACUUUCGGUGCCCGGGCGAGAGCUGCUGGAACGCCUCCAUCACCAUGGCGCUCAUCGACUUCCAGAACAAGCGCGCCAUCCAGGACUUCAAGAGCCGCCAGGAGGCCGCCGAGCAGGCGGCCGCCGGCACCCGCGACAGGCGCCUCGCCCGCGCCCCUUGAG